AUGGCUAUACAUGGUAAUACGUGGCUAUACAUGGCAGUACAUGGCUCUAAAUGGCAGGACAUGGUAAUACAUGGUAAUACAUGGCAAUACAUGGUAAUACAUAGUAAUACAUGGCAAUAUAUGGCAAUACAAGGCCAUGCAUGGCAUUACAUGGCUAUACAUGGUAAUACAUGGUAAUACAUGGUAAUACAUGGUAAUACAUGGCAGUAUAUGGCUAUACAUGGUAAUACAUGGCGAUACAUGGCUAUCCAUGGAAAUACAUGGUAAUACAAGGUAAUACAUAGUAAUACAUGGCAAUACAUGGCUAUACGUGGCAGUAUAUGGCUAUACAUGGUAAUACAUGGCGAUACAUGGCAAUACGUGGCUAUACAUGGCAAUACAUGGUAAUACAUGGCUAUACAACAUGGCUCUAAAUGGCAGGCCAUGGUAAUACAUGGCCGUAUAUGGUAAUACGUGGUAAUACAUGGCAAUACAUGGUAAUACAUAGUAAUACAUGGCAAUAUAUGGCAAUACAAGACCAUACAUAGCAUUACAUGGCUAUACAUGGCAAUACAUAGUAAUACAUGGCAAUACAUGGCUAUACAUAGCAGCAUAUGGCUAUACAUGGUAAUACAUGGCGAUACAUGGCAAUACGUGGCUAUACAUGGUAAUACAUGGCAAUACCUGGUAAUACAUGGCUAUAUAUGGCAAUACAUGGCUAUACAUGGAAAUACAUGGCAAAAAAGGGCAGUACAUGGCUAUACAUGA